UACCUACGUAAAUCAUAAAUUAUUUAAUUUAAUAAUUAUUAUUUAAUGUUAAUUGCGAUUGAAGUGUAAAUACACUACAAAUUUUAAUUUAAAUAAAUUAAAAUAAAAUAUAAAAAAAAUGCAGUUGUUGUUAUUUUACAUUUCAUGUUCUUGAGUUUUCUUCCAGUAAUUAGUUAACUGAAAAAUGUUAGGACAGCAAUUGAGAGUUGCAGCAUCUCAUGCUGAAGCUUGUACGGGACGAAUGAGAGCGUGGCGAAUACACGCUUAUGGACCUACUACUGAGUUGAGGCUUGAAGAAGCACGCGUACCUCCACUAAGAGCUCCAGAUGAGAUCUUAGUUCGGGUUCAUGCAUCAUCAGUGAAUCCCAUUGAUGUUGCUAUGAUUGGAGGUUAUGGUUCUAAAAUAUUAAACACACUGCGAACCAUAGAAAGUGGUGAAGGGAUAGAAUUCCCUUUGAUAGCGGGACGUGAUUUUGUGGGCGAAGUUCAAAGGGCUGGUGUGGGAGCAAAACUAAAGCGUGGAGAGCGAAUUUGGGGAGUUAUACCCCCUCAUCGCCAAGGGGCACAUUCUGAAUAUGUAGUUGUGAAAAAUUCCUGGUCAGGCAAAGCCCCAUCAACAUUGUCGGAUAUAUCAGCUGGUGGGGCGCUGUACACCGGUCUGACGGCCGCCAGCGCGGUGCGGGGGGCGGGGUACGGGCAGAGGCGCGGGGGGCGUGUGUUGCUGCUGGGGUUGGGGGGAGUGGGGCAUGCUGCUCUACAACUAUUGGUCUAUCGACAGGUUCAGGUUGUAGUGGGAUGUGCGGGGGAGUUGUGUGAGCGCGCCAUGACGCUGGGCGCCAGCCGCGCACUGGACCGACACGCGCCGGACUACGACAAGCUUCUAGAAGAAUGUGGACCAUACGACGCCAUCAUCGACUGCGCGGGUCUGGGGGGUUGGGAGGCGGGUGCGCGUCGCUGGAGCUUCUCCCGCUACGUCACCCUCAGCAGCCCGCUCCUCAGGGACACGGACGCUAGGGGUCUGCCCCUGGGGCUCGCGGCCGCCGCCUGCCAGCUCGCGGGGCAGACCGCCCGGGCGCUGGCGGCGCGGGGGGCGGGGGGCGCGGCGCGGGGGCCGGGGGGCGCGGUGCCGCACGUGCGCUGGGCCUACUUCAUGCCCAACGCUGACGAUAUCGAAAUGCUUAGGCGUUUGUCUGAAAGUGGAGAGUACACGGUGGCUGUGGAGCAGGUGUACCCUUGGUGGGAAGGGUUGGCGGCAUACGAGCGCAUGGCCCGGGGCUCGGCUCGCGGGAAACUGAUCUUAGACUUCAAGGCACCACCGCCGCCAGUAGCUAAUAACUAAUUUAUAAUUCAAA